AUGGCGAAUUUCUUCAAUCAACCAGGCUGUGGCAGCUGUGGCGGCCGUGGUGGCUGUGGCAGCUUUGGGUUGCAAUAUGGGUUCUCUGCAAUGAACGUGCCAACAUAUGGGCCACCGGAUAGACGUGAGCAUCCGGCAGAAAGUGCCUUGCAGUCCUUUGCAUGGAACCAAUCUUUGCAUCCUCCAGGCAUCGGAAUGCAAUACUCUGCUUACUCUGCGCCAGUUCCACAACCAUGGCAGCCAUGGCAGCAACCACCAGUGGUACCAGCUUCUCAAUAUGUGCCUUCUUUGAGAGCCAACGUGAUUGACUUCUACCGCCGCCAUGCGCCUGAGCACCUCGAACAGAAUUUUGUGGACGGACUAGUUGGUACUUUUCAAGGACGUGAAGUUGAGCUGGACCACCUGCUGCGUGAGAGGUACGGUACUGGCUUGUUCCAACAGCCACGUGCUGUGAAUACCUCUUACCAUGGCCAUGGGUAUCCCUGUGCCGGUUCGUCCGCACAAAUUGGGUUGACAGCGGCAUCUGUGAGACAGACAGGUGGGAUUCCAUCUGCAUCUGGCCAGAGAGGUGACUCACACAGGAACAAGAUGGCCAAGAGUGACUUGCACGACUUCAAGGUCACUCAGAAAGCCAACCUUCCGAGUGCAAGCUCAGCAGAGAGACAAAGCGGCUCUGCGGAAGGCUGGCAAGAUGACGGGGUUGGUUCCGGACUACAUGUAUCUGAGGAGGUGGCCAAAGCAAUCAUGGGCAUCUCAGCCAUGAAGCGUCGAAACGACCUUAUGCAGUGUAUCAUUUGGUAG